CAUUGUGGCUCAGGUUGAUGUCCGCCAGUGUGUUGCCACAUGGCAUCAGGCACUUCUCCCGGCCUCUCGUGAAUGGGCAGCGUUUUGGUGGCAUGCCCAUAGGCAAAGUGCACGGUGUCGUCUUCGACCUGGACGACACCUUGUGGAACUGCAAGGAAAAUCUGGCGGCUGCUCAGGAGGCGAUGCGCCUUGAAAUGGCAGGCGCCUUUCCAGAGUUGGCGGAGAAGUUCUUGGUAUUCGAGAGUUGGAUCGCCGAGAUGAAGGCCACCAUGGCUGAUAACGUCGAGCGGAAGCACGACUUCACUUUCGUUCGGACAAAGACCCUGGAACGAUUGACGGGUAGCGCAACGGUGGCGGAGGAAUUGAUGGGGUCGUGGAUGCGAAAACGGAACAGCCCCGACUUCUUCCCUGGCGCGCUGGACGCCCUCCGCUCCUUGCGAGAGUCUGGCCUCUUGAUUUAGAAGACCCUAAAACUGAAUGAACAUCAGUUUCGGAGGUCAGCACGGAUCCCUUGGGUCGGCGCUGGACCCCCUCCCAGCCACACCUGGCGGCUCCUUCAGCGCCCGCGGAGGCACGCGGAGUACGCCGGGGGCGGCGCUGGAGGUCUCGCCGGGCGUGGGGAAGGCGCAGCCGGCGCCGACCCAAGAAGUCCGCGCCGACCGCCGAAAUCGUAUGCUUUCUCAUGCUGCAGUGUUUCGGUCUUCGCGGAUCGGCACGCUCACCGACGGGAACGCAGACCCGCGCUGCAUCGAGGGGCUCAGGGACGUGGUCGACUUCUGUGUGAGCUCGGUCGAGGCGGGCGCCGAGAAGCCCGACAGGCGGACGUUCUCGCUGUGCGAGGCCAAGUCCAGGCUGCUGCCGGAGCAGCUGGUGAUGGUCGGCGACAACAUCGGGAAGGACGUCAUGGGCGCCAGGGCGGCAGGCUGGCGCGCCAUCUGGGUGGUGCCGCCCCGGGACGGCGUCGCCGGCUCCGCGCACGACCUCUCGAGCAGCGGCGUCGCGCUGACGGCGGAGGCGUCGAGGGAGGCGGCCGACGCGACCGUCGAGAGCGUCGCCGGCGUCGCCGGCGUCCUCCGGUCGUGGAGCGGGGAGGGCGCCGAGGGCGCCCGCGGCGGAGGGCCCGCGGCCGAGGCGUGAGGGGGCCGCCGUCGGCCCAGACGGCCCGGCGGGCGGCGGCGGCGGCGCGGUCGGCCCUGGGGCCGGCCGGGGGAGUAGGCGGCGAGCCGCUCGGAAACAGUGCCAAAGCUCACCCGAGCCUUGGCAGCCAGCCAGCACACCUGGACCUCCGUUCAAGGUGGUUGCUGGCUGUGCGCUGCGUGCCGCCUUUUGGUUCCUGGGUCCAGGAUCGAGGAAGCGGCCGAGUCUUCUUGCUACCCCCUCCCUACGCCUAGGGUGGGCGGUGGGGUGGGCGUCCCGAGCUGCACUGUCAAGUGCAAUUCGUUUUCGAUCCUUGAGAACGAAGCGGUCCACCCGUCUCAUGAGCUGUUUCUCUGGCAGGAGCACAGUCUGUUUUUUUGCAAUGUAUGCGGAUCGACGGCCACCCUGAAGUUUGUUGGGCUGGCCGUGCCGUGCCGCUGCCCCACCAAGAGGGGGCAGCAUAAUCUCACGAGAAUCAAGCAGGGUAGGGUCCCGAGCUACGCGGGUCUGCCAAAGGGGGCCAAGGAUGCCUCCCUGAUUGUCCAGUCAGGCGUCGGAGCGGCUCCUGAGGGCCCCAACGAAGGACCCCCUGAGAGCGCGGGCGAGGGCUCCAAUGUGGGACCUCCAGAGUGUUCGUAGGGUGGUUGGAGGGACACUGCGUCUCUUUUGUAUCUCAUAUCUCAUAUCCUCCCUGGCGCGCGGAGCGCGCCAAAGGCGGCAGUGUCGCUCGUCGCUCGUCGUCGUCGCGCGCGCGGGCGCGGCUCUGGUGCCAUAGCCGCACGGCGUUACGUCAUACCCC